AAUAAUGUAAUGUGAUCGGCGAAACGUUCAAGAUCUAGCCGUUUUGUAUUAAACUACUCGAUCGGGCACAAAAUGUCCAGACCUGGAGAAAGAAAUAAGCUAAAUGAAGAUCACGGUAGAAGACAGAGUUCAAGUUUGGCGAACGGAAUGGAGAACAGCCAUCCUAUCUGCAGUUCGGGAGAGAAACGAAGUCAUCAUUGGAGAAGUUACAAGUUGAUUAUUGACCCAGCGUUGAAAAAGGGAUCGCACAAAGUGUAUCGCUACGAUGGACAGAACUUCAGCGUGCCGAACCCCGGCAUGCCACCAGUGGACAUCGUCCGAGACCCGAGAAUCGGUCGUAUGUGGACUAAGUACAAGGAGACUGAUCUCCCGGUUCCUAAAUUUAAGAUCGAUGAGUGUUACAUCGGUCGCGUGCCCCCGAAGGAGGUCACUUUCGCCAAGCUCAACGACAACGUCAGAGAGGGAUUCCUCCUCGACAUGUGCAAGAAGUUCGGCGAUAUUGAGGAGGUGGAAAUACUGUACAAUCCGAAGACCAAAAAACAUCUCGGAAUUGCUAAAGUUGUAUUCGGGGCCGUCAAGGCGGCGAAGGACGCUGUCCAGAACUUGCACAACACGUCCGUCAUGGGCAACAUCAUCCACGUGGAGUUGGACCCUAAAGGUGAACAUCGCCAAAGGUACUUCCAGCGUCUGAUCAAUGGAAGUUAUACUCCGCUCACUCUUCCAGUUGGUGGUGAAGAGGCCUGUGAAGUUUCUCCACGCAGCUUGGCUGAAGCCCUGCUGCCCUUGCGAAGACUGUCCGAAGGCAGUUCUUCUGCAGUCGGAGGCACGGCCACGCCAGGCGGCACCAACACCCCCAUGUCUCUGGAUACGGCCUACUCCAGCCUAAGGCAGGAUACGCCACAGUCCCAGGGUACCCCACACACCCCGCGCCCAUCGGGCACCCCGUUCUCUCAGGACUCCAGCUAUUCCAGCAGGCAGGGCACUCCGGCGUUCCAGUCGAACCGUGCUGAAUCUUCGGGAGGCUACAAGUCGAGACGGCAUGAAACCAAAUUCCAGGAUGCCUACAACCGAAGACCGGAGAGGCACUAUGUCCACGGUACAGGAGGAGGGGCACAUCGUGGCAAUGCAGAGCAACCACCCAGUUUUAAGCAACAUCAGCCCCCCGAGCCACCGUCGCCUGCUUUUGCGCACACGCCACCGCCACCAGCCAGUGCAAAUUUCAAGAAUGCUUUCUCUCCUUAUCAGCCCCCAAUGCCCCCAGUGUACCCUCACACAGAGCCCUCCUUCCACCAGCCUGCUCAGCGGGAAGUGGAUUAUAGGAGACCGCCUCAAGCCCCGCCACCCCCAAGCACCGAAUUCAUGCCCGUCAGAGACGGGCCCACAACGCCGCCAAUCCCCGAGCCGCCUCCCCCUGCUCCAGAAGCCCAACCAGCCACGCCUCCCCCCUCCACGCCGGAGACCUGCCCGUCGCUGGGCACCCCGACCCAGGACUCCGAGCGCAACAGCUUGGACUCGCGCAUAGAAAUGCUUCUGAAGCCCUUCCUGAACGAGCGUGGCGACUCAGAUGCAGAGGUUCGCAUGGACGGCAGUCCAAUCUCCUCCUCGUCCUCUCAGCUCUCCCCUAUUCCACCCCAGCGGCCCUCGCGGCCUACAAGCACCGGCCUGGAGGACAUCAGCCCAACACCGCUUCCUGAUUCGGACGAUGAUGAACCUAUUCAUGGUACUGCUUCCCUGCUGACAAACUCUAGGUCCAUGUCACCCUCCAACAUGCACAGUAAAAGCGGUGCAGGAGAACCACAGACGCCCGUUGACAAAAUGGACACGGGCCAUCAGUCGUCAGGUGAAGACAUGGAGAUUUCCGAUGAUGAGAUGCCUGGCACACCGAUCGCUAGCGGGGACUGUGCCAAAAACAUUGUGGUCAACUCUGCGAUGUCUCCGAUGCAGACCAUUCCCAUGCCCCCACCAGGGUUCCCCCCACUGCCCCAUCCACAGGAUAUCGGCGGCGAUAAUCGGCCAGCCCCUAGCUCUGAUAUGGAGGACAAGGAAGAUGAUGAAAAGAAAAGCGAAUCAGACUCCAGUGAGAGUGAAUCAUCGGACUCAUCGGAUGACGAAUCUUCUAGCUCAUCUUCCUCUUCCAAAUCUGAUUCUGAUUCUUCUGGGAGCGAGAGCUCGUCUGACUACGAAUCAAGUUCAGGGGAGGAAGAGGAGGAAGAAGAGCAGGCAGUGGCAAUGGAGGAUGAAGAUGAAAAUGAAAAUGAUGCACAAACCUCAUCGACGUCCUCAUCUUCCUCAUCCUCAUCUUCUGAAGCGGAGGAUGUUGACAUAAAAGCUCCUAGUACCCCCACAGGACCACCACCAGAAGAGGAACCAAAUGAGUUGGGCAGGCUGGAAGCAUUAGAUGAGGUAGAAAUCGAUCCCAAACAUACUGCAGUGAGCUCAAUCAAGCCUGGAGUCGAUUCUUCUGGGAGCGAGAGCUCGUCUGACUACGAAUCAAGUUCAGGGGAGGAAGAGGAGGAAGAAGAAGAGCAGGCAGUGGCAAUGGAGGAUGAAGAUGAAAAUGAAAAUGAUGCACAAACCUCAUCGACGUCCUCAUCUUCCUCAUCCUCAUCUUCUGAAGCGGAGGAUGUUGACAUAAAAGCUCCUAGUACCCCCACAGGACCACCACCAGAAGAGGAACCAAAUGAGUUGGGCAGGCUGGAAGCAUUAGAUGAGGUAGAAAUCGAUCCCAAACAUACUGCAGUGAGCUCAAUCAAGCCUGGAGUUGAAGACGUGUGGCCUCCAUCUUCCAAAGGAUUGCCAGCUGAUGAACCCGAUAUUGAUUUGGCGGUCAGUAUUCCAGUGCCCAAAGCUGAAGCUAUCCUGGAGGAUGUUAGUAGCUUGAGGCCACCCACCCCAACAGGUUCGUUUGCAGAUACUGAUCAGGACACCCGACCAAAGAUCCCUGCUGAAGACUUUCCCCGUACCCCCGGUCGUGAUGGCCCGGUUCCCCUAGAAUCAGAGGCUGCAAUCCCUCGUUCUCUUCCUAUGCCCUCAAUGCACCUUCCUCUUCCCCCCAGUCAUGCCCUUAAAACUCGAUCCCUUCUGCCGCCUCCCGAAGCUUUGCCGGAUAUGCCUAUCCGUGGGCGGAUGCCUACGGAAGAGGACAUCCCACGCACACCGGGGAGAGAUCUUAUGGACAGACCCCGGGGUUUGGGCAAGUCUCAGAGCACUGAUACGGUUCCUGGCACACCAGGUAGCGACACGCCGCUAACAGGUAACAGCUUAAGCUCGCCACAUAUUCCCGGCAGCCCUUUCUCUUACCCCGCUCAAUCCCCUGUCCUCAGCGCUGGUAUCCCUCGGACUCCGGGUAGAGAUCUUACUUUCACCCCAGCUUUCCCUGAGUCUGCUGCUUUAUCUGCAGGCCUUCCCAUGCACAGGAAGGCCUCGUCUGAGAGCUUGGAGGAGAAGUCUCUCUUUAAAGAGCCUCUACUCAGCGCCUCUCCCCAGGCCAGCCUACAGCCUAACAAUGCAGGUUCUUCCCCAUUCCCUGGUCCUCCCCUUCCUGCUGCUUCACAUCAGGAACCACCUCUGCCUCCCCAAGGCUCCUCUCCCACUUCUGUUGAGACUUCCUCUCCUGCUGCUCCAAAAGACCUUCCUGUUCCAAUGAUAGAUGUUCCUGUGCCCUUAGAUACUACUCCAAGCAAAAGGAAACCAGGACGCCCCAAGUCUAAAAAGGUACCUGUAGAGACCCCUCCAGAUUCUGAAGAGCCUCCAGCUCCAAUGGUGGCCUCAUCACCUCCAGAUCUACCAGUAAAUGAUCUGUACCCAGACCACCCUUCAGAGACCUUCAAAAGAGAAGAUGGUGACUCAACAGUAUUGGAGGAAGAGGAAAACCAAACCCAGUGGCGAAUUGCUAGUAUUUGCAGAUCUGUUAUGUGGAGAUCUAUCUGUUCAUGUAAAGAAAGACUCCUUGACUCCUCUGAACCUACCAACAUGGGCAACACAUCAGGGCUGAAGAAGAAGCGAAAAGAGGACGGUAUACGCGACCAUGUCACCGGCUGCGCCCGCAGCGAGGGCUACUACAAAAUUGACAAGAAAGACAAAAUGAAGUACCUAAAUAGCUCACGCCUGCAGUCCGAAGAGCCUGAUGUGGACACUCAGGGGAAGAGUAUUCCAGCUCAGCCCCAAGCAUCCACUAGGGCAGGUUCAGAGCGGCGGUCUGAACAGCGCCGCCUGCUGUCGUCCUUCAGCUGCGACAGUGACCUCCUCAAAUUCAACCAGCUCAAGUUCCGUAAAAAGAAGAUCCGGUUCUGUAAAAGUCACAUUCAUGACUGGGGAUUGUUCGCCAUGGAACCUAUUGCUGCUGAUGAGAUGGUAAUCGAAUAUGUCGGCCAGAAUAUCCGACAGGUUAUCGCAGACAUGCGAGAGAAGCGCUACGAGGAUAAAGGCAUCGGCAGUAGCUACAUGUUCCGUGUGGAUCACGAUACCAUUAUAGACGCAACCAAAUGUGGCAACUUUGCCCGCUUCAUCAAUCACAGUUGCAAUCCAAACUGUUAUGCCAAGGUCAUCACUGUGGAAUCGCAGAAAAAGAUCGUCAUCUACUCCCGGCAGCCAAUAAAUGUUAAUGAGGAGAUCACCUACGACUACAAGUUCCCCAUCGAGGACGAAAAGAUACCGUGCCUCUGUGGCGCAGAGAACUGCAGGGGAACCUUAAACUAACCCCAACGAGUAGGUGAGAACUUUCUUAAAAACAUGCACUGCCCAACAACAAGCCCAGACGCCCCGUCUUCUGGAUCUACAGAGGAAAUAGUGGGUGAAAUCCAACACAUCCACUGGAUAUAUCGUGCAGCUAAGUGUCUGGGACUUCGUUUUUUGUACUUUUUUUAUGAUUGUUUACAAAUUACAGGUGCUCUUUCAAGCAUAAAAAAUGAGUUUUCUACCACUCUUCCAUUGACUUCUAUGGAACUGGACUUAUUUCCCCCCUAAAAGUUUGGGCACUCACUUUGUCGUCUGCCCAUUUGACACAGUUUGUCUUUGCCGUGGAGUCCCCUUUUCCUCUGCGGUUUGGUUAUGGAGAGACCUCCCCGUCCUUGAACUCGGACCUGAAACACUUUAAGCUGCUCACAUCUGUCCCACAUGCACAAAAUUCAGUUUUAAAAAAGCUUUGUUCAGGUUUUUUGUCCUUGUCCUUCCAGCCCGACUUGUAUGAAGUUUAGUUUAUUGUCGGACUUCACUGUAACAAGCCCACAAGGUUUAGCAUUCAUCGUGACACUAACCAUUGUUGGGGGAAUUGGGUCAGUUGUCUUCAUUUUGCAGAACAUUCAACAAAAGCACACCUGUGCCGGCCACAAGACAAAUCAGUAGAAAAGAUCCACAGCUCAGGCAAAUUUACACAAAGCGAAACGCUCCUACGGUAUUUCAGCCAGCGCUGCAUGUGGCACCUACAGACUGGACCUUUUUUAAAGGAUCAAAACCAAAACCAACAAUACACUACACUUUAUUCUUUCAUUUAUUCAAGCCAUUUUUACAACAGUCUCUGUGAAUAUUGGAUUUGAGCAUGUCUGCUGCCCUCUAGCUUUUGUAAGGUGUAAAGGCAGAAAGCUGCUUGUUUUCAAUCAGAUUCCACUUUAAAGCUGUACAGCUUAGUAUUAACUCUGCGUUUGUCAUGUCAGCUCACUAUUUCAGCAGAUGAACAUGCAGAGGUCCAAUUGGCUUCAUGCAUAUUCAGUCACUAGUGCUGAAUUUUCUAUUACGGAGCGGAUCUCACCAAUAUGAUGCUGCUAUUCUGCAAACGUAUGUCCCGAAUUUUCUCCACCAGUUCACUUUAAGAAGCAAAAUCCACCUGUACUGGUUUCAGCAUGGGUUUUCAUAGUAUUAGGAGUUCUCUGUGAGUGCGGUAACUGGGGCACAGCACUGAUGCUUUUCAAAAAGCUUGUCUAGGCACCAAUUCCACUAAUAAAUCUAAUCUAAGUAGAUGCACCAAUGUUUAGGAUAUCAGACCCUGGAGUAUUAGGUCCGUCGACCUGAAAACGUCAGCAGUGGACCCAGAAAAUCAAGUACAAGUCGAAUGCAGUGCCAAAUUUGUACUUUAAUGUGUCACAACUCCAAAGGCAAACCUUCUUCCAUUUUGUCUCCUCCUAUGUGUGUGUGUUUGUACGAAUGACUUAAGUUCACUGGUACUUUGGGCGACCCUUUUGAGGUCCUUCUGCAUUUUGCUCAGUAUUUAAUCAUCAAAAAGUUUGAAAAGCUAUUACAGCCUCAUUCAGCCAAAUUUCCCUUUGAAAGCAGAAGACUUUCUGAUCUGCAAGGCAGCCUGGUCACUUGCUUUUCUUUGUGAUUUGGUUAUGUUUAUAAAUGCACUAGAGGCUUCCAACCCCCAUCAAGCCAAAUGGCACUCACAAGACCAAGCUAUGAAACGUGUCCUUUACAUUAGUUCACUCACAGGGUAAGGUCUCCCAGCUUUUUGUUGGUUUUCUUUUUAAAUGUCUAUAUUGUACAGGAUAAUAAUGGUUUGUAUAGAGGAACGAGGCUUUUUUAAUCACGAUGGGGAGUGAUGAUGCAUCAUUCUGCUUUUAUAAGCGACAAAUGGAGUAUUUAAAAGGAAUAUUUUUCAGGAAUCAUUAUAUGAAAAAGGGGUUGAAUAGCUAAUUUAAAGAAAAUGAUACAUCUUGUACAUAAAACAGAUUUGUACUUCCUUUUGAAAGAUUGUUUCUUGUAGAAACGUCUUUUUUUUCCUGCCCAUUUUCCUUUGGAUUCUUAUGUGUAAAUACUUUAACUGUGAAUAUAUAAAUAUAAAUAUAUAUAUUUUUGUUCCUGAGGAUUUGCUACAGCGUCACGGCUCAGAAAGGUCUAUCUGACAGUGAGUACAGAGAGCUGCUGGCAGUAUUUUCAGCUUGUGUCAAGCUUUAUUUUUUAUUUUUGGUUGUAAAUUCUAUGAAAAUCUGUUUGCAGUGUGGGAGAAAAGCAUUAUCAUUCAGAAAUGCAAGGAACAUUGGCGAAAUCGACCUUUAGGCCCUGUCUAUUUAUUAUACCACAAAUGUAUGGAAAAAAGAUCAUGGAAAAAUAAAGGAUUUUUUUUUCA